AUGACCUCCGCCAGCAUCUCCCACGUGCCGCUGCAGAACUUCCGCUGCCGCGGCUCGUGCUGCGCGCGCGUCGCCAAGGAUCAGAUCGUCUCCAAAGGCUUUCUUUGUGGACACAAGGUGGAGUUGCAGGACGACUGUGACCGGACGGCGCUCCAACUCUUAGCCACGCAGGAGCCACGAGCUCUCAGUACCGUCAAUGCGAAUGCGCCACCGGAAUUUGCUCCUGCUUGCGACAUGGCGGCGCUGCAAAAUGUGACAUUGAUCAUCCACUGCACUCAGCAAGAGCUUUGCUACGAGAGGCGUUUGUUGCUACAGGAAUACUUCCUCUAUUUCAGACAAGUGAUCUUUCUAAUGAAAAAAGGCCUUCCAUGGACUUUGGCGCGCACUUGUGCUGGUGAAGCCUACCAAUGUGUAGCGGAAGAGAUCGAAUCAAGCUCAUUCGUGAACUCCAGGGGAAUGCUCUUCUUGCACUUUGAUGUAGCGAUGUCUCCUUGCGAGAUGUCAAGGCGUUUUCAGGUAGAGAGGGUCGGCACCUAUGAGGAACUGGCAAAUACCACUUCCGCAAAGCUGGAUGAAUGCAAUAGCAAGAAGCUGAAUUGCCGGUGGCGGUACUGGGAUGCUGAAAACAAGACCAAGACACAGAUCUUCAACGCCCUUGCAAGUUUGGAACGGAUGCGCCUGGAGGGCGCCGGCGGGGCAUUGCAAAGCCUGAGGAAUGGCACCAUCUUUCAGGUCUUCAGUGGACUCUUCUACCUUCCGAAGAAGGCGUUCCAGCUCUUCAAAGCUGCGGCACAGAUCUUCAAAGAAUGGGAUCUACCCACUGAGAUUGCCGUGCCUAUGCUGCUGGCUUUGGCGGCCCAAGGGGAGCUUCAAAAUCUGGGCUGUGCACAGAAAGUGGGUGAGCGUGAGCUCCAUGCCAAGGGCUUUGUUUGCGGGCGUGGUAUUGAACGGAAUGUUCCUGCAAUGAAUACUCUGAAAGAACUGCUUUGCGCACCUUCGAAGUACCUCCGACCGCAGCUCCUAGCGAAGGGCAAGGUGCCGCCCAGGUCUGGCGCGAAGACGUCGACGCCGUCGCUGCGGGCGAAGGUGGUGUGGCAGAUGGUGCAGCCGGAGGACCUGGCGAGGAUCUUAUAUCGGCAAAGCGCUUGGAUUGCGGUGUUCUUGGUGUUUGUUCCCCCUCUCCUGUGGAUUUGCAUGCGAUUUCUACGACUCCGGCGCUGCAGUGGGCGAGCAUGA